UUUUCAUUUUUCUGUUUGGUUCUCGGGAAAAUGUUCUACCUUAUUGGAAACUGCUCGUCUCACUUGAAUGACGAUAUUCUGCGUCAGUUUCGCCGUGUUCAAUGUGUGAAAAUUUCCUCACCGUUUGGCAAAUAGACUGAUAAGAGUGUGAGCAUUUUCGGAAGGAGAUACUGAAUCUAGGCGUUUGAUCGGCGAAGUAACUGCCGGCUAUAUUUCAGUGAUGGAGACUCCUUCCGGCGACAUGCCUACACACAGCAAUUACACAAUCGAUCUUUCAGUUGGCGAUACUUCUACUUUCAGCACAGAGGUCAGAGAACAUGAUGAUGCAUCUUCCGAUGAUCCUGGAAGAUUACCUUACUUGGAUAGGUUGACCGAUCGUGUUGUGACUGGGGAUUUAGAUAUUGAUAUCUGGGUUUGGAUGAUUGAGUACUUGGCAAAAUUCAAAAAAGAGCUAUGGAUGUUGCACGAUGUCUUUGAAAUGAGUCCUAAUGUUCCUGAUUACAUGGGUGAACAUACGAAGGAGAUGGUGGCUUUCAGAUGCUUGGCUUAUUUGUUUGAUCCUACUACUGCACAGGAUAGCAAUGUUGCCUCUGGUGUCGAGUCAAAGAUUGAGUUCAAUUUGUCUGAGAGCUGUGAAUAUGUUCUCCAGUGUAUCUUGGAUGAGACACCCUUGUCAGAUCUGAAGUCAGGGGCACCAGAACUAUCAAAGUGGAAUCUUCUACCUUUCAUUGAAAACAAAAGGAUUUCCCUGCCGAAAUGCGCUUUGGAACUGCUGAGAGGGGCUUCCUGUGAGACGUGUACUGGCAUAUUUCCCAGUAACAGACAAGAAACAAUGAGAAUCGAUGGCAACAACAGUGGCCAAGUUACACUGGAGCAACAGCGGCCAAUAUUGGGAAAGGAGAAUGACUCUUCAUGCUGUAAAUCAAAUAGAUGCAAUGUUACAGUACCAGACAGCUUAGAAGAAAAUGAUGAAGUGAAACGAGGUACCUCUCUGGUUGACGAAAAUUUAUGUGCAAAAACUGAGUCCAAGCUGGAUGCGGCAGAUGCCACUGUAGACAAUGACAAUGAGCAUAUUACACAGAUAGAAAAGUGCUUUGACCUUUCUAACAACAACCAAGAGGGAAGAGUUGACAACAACGAGUUUAUGGCUUUAAUGGCUUUAGUGGAACUGCAGGGGACAAGCGAUGCUACUGAUAGAAAUGAUCAUCUGGAAGCUUCUGAUAACGUUAAUAUUUUGCUUCUAGAAAUGAAAAAAGGGAUCACUUUAAGCACCAUGGGACUCAACUCCCUGGAAAAACACUCUUCCAAUGAAGAUGCAGAAAGUGAGGAUCAACAAAAGACCAAAGGUAAGAAACAGACUGACAGCCUUCUUGAGGUUGCCUCAACUGACAAGAAUCUGAGCCAGCGUGAGACGAUUGAUGGUUGCCCGUCAAGUCUCUCAGUGAACAGAUACACAAGCAAGCAAUGUGAGAAAGGUUGCUAGCUGCUGUUUCGUCUAAUGAGUGUUGUCCAUUUAUGAUUCACCACAUGUGCUUGGAUUCUCAUCGCAUAUAUCAUAUAUGAUGAUAGUGGACUCUUUGCCGUCCUCUGUGUGCUUAUACCAUUGGUUCAUCACUGUAUCUUGAGUCCAAGGCUCGAGUUGUUGAAGCAAAGAGGAAAGUAGCUAGGUUUAUUAAUCGAGUAAAUUUGAGGAAAACAUGCAUCUCAGAAAACAGGAGGCAUUGUGCGUCAAUUUUAAUUUUUCACAGAU